UCCCUCCUCAAAGCCCCUCCCACUGCCCUCUCAGUGUCCCUCUUGCUGUUCUCCCUCAAUGUCCUUUCAUUGUCUGUCCUCACUGUUCCCUUUUGGUCUCCCUCUUCCCUGUCUCUCUUACUGUCCCUUCACUCUCAUCCUUCACUGUCCCUCCACCGUCCCUCCACAGUCCCUUUUCACUGUUCCCUCACAGUUCUCAUUCAUGGUCUCCCUCACCGUCCCCCUCACUGCCUCUUCACGGUCCCUUUUCAUCCUCUCUCCCCACCGUCCCCUCACUGUCCUCCCUUAGUAGUCCCUAAAUCAAUUUGGCGAGACCAGAGAAGCCAUCUAUUCCAACCUGUACCAAUAUAAGAAACCCUCUAAUGAGCCCUGUUAGCCUGUCCCUGGCCCCGGCCCUUCUCUCCUCCCACAGUGCUCCCAGAAGUCACCAAGUCAGCUGAGACGGAUCUUGGAGGCCUCUUCUGAGUCACCCCCGUCUUCUCUCACCGUCCUUUUCCUCGUCCUUACCUGUCUCCUUCGUUAGAAUUUGCACCAUUUUCCCCAUUUUCUCUGUCUCCACUCACUCUCUCUGCCCACAGUCUCCACUACUCUCACCUCUCCCUGUCCUUCCCUUACUGCCAGUGCCCCUUCCUCCUUCACAUUGUCCAUCCUCCACUGUCCCCCAUUAUUGUUUUCUUCACUACUUCUCCAUUAUCCCCUUUUCCUCUUUCCCUGUCUCCUUCCUCAUUACCUCUCCCUUCAGUGUUCCUCAUUCCUGUUCUCCCCCUCCCCCAUCCCCAUCUCUUACUCUCCCUUUUUGCUCCCCCCUUCCCACUCUCUCUUUACUCUGACACUUUGACUCUUCCUGCCCUCCUUCCUCACCCUUCCCCUCAAGAAUGCGUGCUGCCGGCCUUUGCACGGCUUCAGUGGCCUCAGUGGGCUUCCUCCGAUUCCUGGGACUGCCUUGGUCUUGGGGUCUGGCAGCUGCUCUGACUCUCUACGUGGGCACUGGCGGUUGGCGUUUCCUGCGCAUUAUUUUCAAGACAGCACUAAGGGAUCUUUUUGGCCUCUCCGUGUUAUGCAGUGUCCGCUACGAGCUCCGACGGCACCAGCAGGCCAGGCACACCAUUCCCUACAUCUUCCAGGAGGUGGCCAACCGACAGCCCCAAAAGGUGGCCCUAGUAGAUGUUGUCAGCGGAAAGCAGUGGACGUUCCAGCAACUGGAUGAGUACUCCAAUGCAGUGGCCAACCUGUUCCUGCAGCUUGGCUAUGGGUCUGGCGAUGUGGUUGCCAUGUUCCUGGAAGGCCGGCCUGAGUUUGUGGGACUGUGGCUUGGCCUUGCCAAGGCAGGAGUGGAAGCUGCCUUGCUCAAUGUGAACCUGCGGUUGGAACCCCUUACGUUCUGCCUCAGCACUUCAGGGGCCAAGGCCCUGAUCUUUGGGGGGGAGCUAGCAGCUGCUAUUUCAGAAGUGAGUGUACAGCUGGGGAAAAACCUAGUGAAGUUCUGCUCAGGGGACUUUGGGCCAGAAGGUGUCACUCCUGAUACUCACCUUCUUGAUCCUAUGCUGAGUGAGGCCUCUACAGCACCCCCUAUGCAAGUGCCUCCUAAAGGGAUGGAUGAUCGUCUCUUCUACAUCUACACUUCUGGCACUACUGGGAUGCCCAAAGCCGCGAUUGUAGUACACAGCAGAUACUAUCGAAUUGCAGCCUUCGGACACCAUGCCUACAGAAUGAAACCCUCAGAUAUAAUUUACAAUUGUCUCCCUCUGUAUCACUCUGCAGGGAACAUCAUGGGGGUGGGGCAGUGCCUUCUCUAUGGGCUCACAGUCGUCAUCAGGAAGAAGUUCUCUGCCAGCCGCUUCUGGGAUGACUGCAUCAAGCACAACUGCACGGUGGUUCAGUACAUUGGCGAAAUCUGCCGUUACCUUCUGAAGCAGCCUGUGCGGCCCACAGAGAACCAGCACCAUGUGCGCCUAGCUGUGGGCAAUGGACUCAGGCCUGCCAUCUGGGAGGAGUUCACUGGCCGUUUUGGGGUCCAGCAGAUUGGAGAAUUCUAUGGUGCAACUGAAUGCAACUGUAGCAUCGCCAACCUAGAUGGAAAGGUGGGGGCAUGUGGUUUCAAUAGCCGGAUCCUGCCCAAUGUGUACCCAAUCCGCUUAGUAAAGGUGAAUGAGGAUACAAUGGAGUUGCUGAGGGAUGCCCAGGGGCUUUGCAUUUCCUGCCAGCCUGGGGAGCCUGGCCUUCUGGUUGGGCAGAUCAAUCAGCAAGACCCACUUCGCCGGUUUGAUGGGUAUGUCAAUGAGAAUGCAACCAACAAGAAGAUAGCAUAUAAUGUGUUCCGGAAAGGGGACAGUGCCUACCUCUCAGGAGAUGUACUGAUGAUGGAUGAACUUGGCUACAUGUAUUUUCGGGACCGGAGUGGAGACACAUUUCGUUGGCGUGGGGAGAAUGUCUCUACAACUGAGGUGGAAGGCGUCCUAAGCCGUGUUCUGAGCCAGACGGAUGUGGCAGUUUAUGGGGUGGAUGUGCCAGGAGUGGAGGGCAAGGCUGGAAUGGCUGCCAUUGCCGACCCUCAUGCUAUGGUGGACCCCAAUGCCCUGUACCAGGAGCUACAGAGAGUACUUCCACCAUAUGCUCGGCCCAUCUUCCUUCGCCUCCUGCCUCAGGUGGACACAACAGGGACCUUCAAGAUCCAGAAAACACGGCUUCAGCGAGAAGGCUUUGACUUGCACCAGACAUCAGACCGACUCUUCUUCCUAGACCUGAAGCAAGGGAGAUAUAUUCCCAUGGAUGAAAAUGUCUACGCUGGCAUCUGCACAGGAGCCUUCUCCCUUUAAUGGAGCUUGCUGCCCCAUCCCUUACCCUCUACUUCUCUGGCAGUGAUGGAUGGGACUGAGGACAGAAACCAUAGCCCUGCCCUGUCCUGGACCCAGCCAGUCUCCUUUUUCCCAAAGAAUGGGUGUGGUUGGGGGGGAGGGCAUAAAAGUUGGCCUAAUGUGAUUUGUCAGAAUUGCUUCCUAAGCCCCUCCCUGACCCUUCCCCCAGGUCCAGGGCUCUGGACCUCAGCAGGAGCUGAAGCUGGACAGGACUUGAAGAGGAUCCUCAGGGUAGCUGGAGUAUUUGAGGGUUGGGGUGCAGCCAAGAGGCCCACAAGGUUCUGAGCAUUUCAGCCCAUGUAGAUCCUUGGAUGGCUCCCAAAUGAGGGUUUGAUUCCCAGUCACAAGGUGCUGAGUGUGGGUCUGCCUGGGUCCUUUCCCAGGGCUAGAGGGGACUCCUGACAAACAGGCUGUCUCCGAGUUGGUGGGGCAAGGUGUGGGGAGCUGCCACAAAGCCCUGUCUUGUCUGGCCUGCUUCAGCCAGAAUUGGUCAGCAAGAGUCAUUUCUCUGCUUUUCUUAGCUCCUUAACUACGAACUGUCCCAGAUAGGAGGGCUACAAUGUAGUCAAUGCCUCUUUUGCACAGAGAGGGCCAUUCCUGCCUGUUUUAUUGGUUGUGCCUUAAGGAACCCUCAGUCAUUAAGUCACUGUGUUCCAGUACUUACUUUUAACUCAGUUUAAGCUUCAGGAGUGGACUUACCUUCAUUCCCUUACUCAGUGUUGUGAGUGGUGGGGACAGUGCUCUUGUGGAUAAGAGUGGACUGGUCUGUGUGCUUAAUCCAAGUUAACUGGAAAUCUCAUGUAUUUGAUCUCUGACCUCCAGUGGAAGCCCCCAACCCAGUCCUGCUGACAGUUACCAUUCAGAAGUCCUUGCUUGUCCCUUCUGGUAGUGACUAUGCAGAUAUUCCGGUAACAUCUUGCUGGUAGUGACCCAACUGAUGAUCCAAGAGCUUCUGAGGCUGGUGAUGAGUACAUGCUAUUUCUUGCAGGUGUUUUCAGGCAUGGCAAUUUUAUUUUUUAGUUUGAGUUUUAAAAAAUAAACUUGAAAACAAGCUCUGAUGAAAAA